AUGUUAAGAAGUUAUGCAGCUGCAUGGAUUCAAAGGACGUACUCUGAAAUAUCCUCUAUUUCCCAAAGAGUCGAGCCCUUACGCAAAUUGCCCAUCAAUUCCAACUUCGCCCAGAAGUCCACUCGGACAACUCGGAACUCGUCUGCAAUUUCUACCACAAAUUACGUCUUCGAGCGGAGCGCCGGCGAUUGCCAGGGCUUCGUUAAGGUCCAGAUUGGUCCCAUUGUGCGGCGCGUAAUCGCUGCCGGACAAUGGGCGGUGACGCGGCAUAAUUGCCGCUAA